AUGGGCCUCCUUUACCUCGUAUCCACCAUUGGAACUGGCCUAUUAGGCUUUAUAUAUCCUAGUUUUGCGACGUUCAAGCUGCUUGCAGCCAACCCGCGCGACAACGAGACACUCGAGAGCUGGCUCUUCUACUGGGUAGUCAUUGGACUUGUUGCUGGCUUUGAGCAGCUAGGCGAAUGGAUUAUCAACUGGGCUCCUCUUUACUAUGAAGCCAAGUUCUUGUUUAUUAUCUGGCUCAUCUCCCCAGGUACCCAAGGGUCGACGUAUAUCUAUCAGGCCUAUGUUAAACCAUUCUUUACAAAGAAUACCGAGAACAUUGACAAGGCCAUCGCGUCGUCUCGAACCAACGCCAUCGGAUUCGUGCAGUCGUCGCUCCAGGCGCUUUGGGCGUUUAUCAUUGGCAGGCUCACCAACGCACAGCAAGCGGCAGCCCAGAACCAAGGACCAGCCCCAGGUCAACCAGGAAACCCGGCGCAAAACGGCCCGCUCCAGGGUAUACUCGGACUCGCACAACAGAUGGGACCCGCCGGUCUCGCUGCUUUGGGAUCACUCCUGAACCCGGGUCAGAACAAGCAGGCUGCCAAUCAGGCUGUCCAGCAACAGUCGUUCCCUAAUCCAAACGCUACGCCACUGACAACGCCAUUGCCCCCGUCCAAUCCUGGUACACCUGGAACGGAUCUUCGUUAUCGAGCACCUACUGGAGCGAACGGUCGUAAUACGCCGCCACCAGCAUUCCCCGUUCCUCAACAUCAGACGUGA